AUGUGUCCAAAUUUUCCAUCUCUUGAGAUCCUCGAUCUCUCUUACAAUAAUCUUGCAUCAUCAAUGUUUCGAGCUAAUUUCAAUAUCAGCUCCAAAUUACAAGAGCUUUACCUUGAAAAUUGCUGCCUUAUGGAUGGAAAUUUCCUUCUUUCAUCUACUUCUUCAAUGAAUUCUUUCUCCUCACUUAUCUUCCUUGAUCUUUCCAAUAACUUGUUAAAAUCAUCUGCAAUGUUCUACUGGCUGUUUAACUUCACCACCAAUCUGCAUUUCAUUGAUGUUAAUGGCAACUUGUUAGAAGGUCCCAUUCCAGAUGAAUUUGGGAAAGUGAUGAGCUCUAUUGAAUAUCUUUUUCUCUAUGAUAACAAACUCCAGGGCAAGAUUUCGUCUUUCUUUGGGAGCAUGUGCAGAUUACAAGUAUUAGACCUCUCAAAUAACAACUUAAAUGGCGAAUUUCCAAGCUUCACUCAAAAUUCUUCAUGGUGCAGCAAACACAUAUUUCGGGAAUUGAACUUAUCUUAUAACCAAAUUUCUGGUAGGAUACCCGAGAGCAUCAGACUGCUAUCUGAAUUGGAAAUUUUAUCGUUGCAGGGGAAUACUUUAGACGGUGAUGUAACUGAAUCUCAUCUUUCUAACUUUUCCAAAUUAAUUAUCUUAGACUUGUCGCAUAACUCAUUAACUGUAACAUUUGGCUCUAGUUGGGUUCCUCCUUUUCAAUUAACGUACUUGUACCUUGCAUCUUGCAAGGUAGGACCGAGUUUUCCUAGUUGGAUCCAGACUCAAAAUUCCUUAAUCCAACUAGAUAUAUCUGAUAAUGGGUUGAAUGAUGUCGUACCAGACUCGUUUUGGACCAAGUUGCGUGGUCUGUACACUUUAAAUAUGUCUCACAAUAAUCUCAUUGGUUCAAUUCCUAAUAUGAAAUUGAAGCUUCCUUUCAGACCAUAUAUAAAUUUAAAUUCAAAUACAUUUGAGGGAAAAGUUCCAUUUUUUUUGCUACAAGCUUCCGAGUUGUUACUCUCUGCAAAUAAAUUUUCAGAUUUAUUUUCAGUCUUAUGUGGAAACGUCACAGCUACAAACUUGGCCACUUUAGAUUUAUCAGAUAAUCAAUUAAAGGGGCAACUCCCGGAUUGCUGGAAAUACGUACACCGAUUAUUGUUUCUUGAUUUAAGCAACAAUCAAUUGUCAGGGGAGAUUCCUAUCUCCAUGGGAACCCUUGUGAAAUUGGAAGCUUUGGUUUUACGAAACAAUAGUUUAAUGGGUGAAUUGCCUUCCUCUUUGAAGAAUUGCAAGAAUUUAAUUAUGCUGGAUGUGAGUGAGAAUAUGUUAUCCGGCCGAAUACCAUCAUGGGUUGGAGAAAGCAUGCAACAAUUGAUAAUCUUGAUCAUGCGAGGGAAUCACUUCUCUGGAAAUCUUCCCUUUCAUCUAUGUUAUUUGAAGCGAAUUCAAUUGUUGGAUCUUUCUAGGAAUAAGUUUUCAGAAGGCAUUCCAACGUGCUUGAACAAGUUUAAAGCAUUGUCUGAAGAAAACAUCGAUAGAAUUGAGAUUGAGAGUCGUAUUCAUUGGUACAAUACUACUUAUUAUGAAAAUUAUAGUAUUUACAGUGGUGGUUCUUAUGCGCUUCACGUAAUAUGGAUGUGGAAAGGUGCGGAUCGCAGCUUCAUACGUCCCGAAUUGAUUCUUCAGAGCAUUGAUCUCUCAUGUAACAACUUAACAGGUGAAAUACCAAAAGAGAUUACAUACAUGCAUGGUUUAGUUUCUUUGAAUUUAUCAAGAAACAAUUUGAGUGGAGAAAUUCCUUGGGAGAUUGGGAAUUUAAGGUCACUAGACUCCCUUGACCUAUCAAGAAAUCAUUUGUCUGGAAAAAUUCCUCCCAGUCUUUCCAAUAUUGAUCGUCUUGCCAUGUUAGACUUAUCAAACAACCAUAUUAGUGGAAGAAUUCCAUCGGGAAGACAGUUGCAAACCUUUGAUGCCUCUAGUUUCGAAGGAAAUGUUAAUCUUUGUGGGAAACCGCUUGAAAAAAGUUGUCCUGGAGACGAGACAGUGACAAAGCCUAAUGGAGCAGAAGUCGGUGAUAAUUCAGUUUUGUAUGGAGCAUUAUACAUGAGCUUGGGGAUAGGAUUCUUCACAGGCUUUUGGGGCUUAUUAGCUUCAUUACUUCUUUUGCAACCUUGGAGAAUCGCUUAUCUGAGGUUCUUAAACAAACUUAUAGACUAUCUACUCUUAAUGGUUGCAUUGAACAUAGUAAAGUACCAAAAAUGGCUCAAAGACUAG